GAAAACCGCUGCGAUCGACGUCUCAUCCCCGGUAGCUGUCGCCGGAUGGUGGUUGCCCACAUGAUGCCCCCACCGGGCCAACGCCGCCCUUCUCACCGCCACCACCACCACCACCACCGCCACCACCAUCAUCACUGGCUGACGUGAGGGAAGGUGAAGGCGGAAAAGGCAUACCGUAAAAAGGGAAAAAAGAGAGGUAGAGUGAGAAAAAGGAGGACGAGAAGGCAAGUCGUGAGGGAGGGAAGGCGUAUGCGGGUGGAAUUUUGUGCCUUCCAAACCUACCAGUCUCCCUCCUCUACUUCUCCCAUUCUCUGAGUAUGCCCGCGACUAUGUCUCCCAGGUUUCUGAAUUCGCUCCGGAAGGCGACGGGCGUUGGAUUUCUGUAAUGCGAGAAAGAUGUGAUGGGUAGGCGGUAUUCAUUCAUUUUCUAGCUGCGUUGAUCGUGGCUGUUCUGCGGCUUGGGGGAUUCUGUGUCGACGACUAGGGAGGGUGAUGGCUACCAGGAAACUUACCGUUGGCGACCUCGUGGAGGAGGCGAAGAAGAGGGUCGUCCUCUUGUUCAUCUGUGUGAUUGGCUUGUCCUAUCUCAUGUCGUUGACAAGCUCCUCCGUUUGGAUCAAUAUGCCUGCUGCUGCGGUGGUGAUUAUCCUCAUUCGGUACAUUUCUUAUGACUUCGAGAACCGGGGUAAACUCAGCGGAGGUACCGCAAAAUUGGUUUCCUCGACGAAUAAGGCCUUUCAGAAGAAAGCCGUGGAAGAUAGCAAUCAGAAUUCUGCCCAUGAAGCUUCAUGUUGGAAAAUCAAGGUAGAUUCACCGGUUGUCGAAGCUGCCAUCGACCAAUUCACUAGGCACAUUGUGUCCGAGUGGGUGACUAACCUUUGGUACUCUCGGAUAACACCUGACAGUGACGGCCCCGAGGAGCUUGUUAACAUCAUGAACGGGGUUAUUGGAGAGGUUUCACUUCGUCUCAGGGAUAUCAAUCUUAUUGAUCUCCUGACCAGGGACAUUAUCAAUCUGUUGUGUGAAAAUCUAGAAGUAUAUAGAACCGGUCAGGCUAAGAUUGGCAAACAUGAAUUGGAGAAACUGACAGUGGACGAGCGGGACAGACGGUUGAAACUUGUCCUGGCAGCUGAAAACAAACUACAUCCUGCCCUUUUUUCCCCUGAAGCAGAACACAAGGUUCUGCAGCACUUAAUGGAUGGCCUUAUUUCUUUCACUUGCAAGCCCGAAGACCUGAAGUGCAAUUUCUUUCGCUAUAUGGCUAGAGAGCUCCUUGCUUGUGCAGUGAUUCGACCGGUUCUGAACUUGGCUAAUCCAAGGUUCAUAAAUGAAAGAAUUGAAGGCUUUGUUCUUUCUAGAGCCAAGAAGUCUGAAAAAGUAGCAACUGCAUCUGCCCAAGAAAGCUCCCAAGCUCGGCCAAACACAACUCUGAGAGUGUCAGCUGAUCUUUUUUCUAGACCUCGUGACCCUUCUGGAGUUGAGCUUGUGCAAUUCAAUUCCAACCAUCCCGAUUUCAGUUCAGGUGGGACAAACACAAACAUUGUCAAUCGAAAAUUGAAUGGUGUAGGAAGUGAUGCUUAUUCAUCCAGUUAUAGAAACCCCAUGCAGUCUGAUUCUCAUAUUGCGGGUAGCAGAAAGAUCCAGACACAUGGUUCUAGAGGUGAGUGGGGACAGAUGUUGGACAUGAUGCAUAGGAGAAAGACUCAAGCGCUUGCACCAGAACAUUUUGAUAAUAUGUGGACGAAGGGGAGAAACUACAAAAAAAAGGAUAAUGCGAACCAGUUCUCUGUUCAUGUUGCAGAGAAGCAUUCUGUUGGUAUUCCUGAUAGUAGGAGAGACCCUGAGAAGCUCAAACCUGAAUAUGGUACACAAAAUGGAACUUUAAGGAGUGGGACAGUUCCUGCUGUUUCUCAGCAAGAGAAUUCUCUGGGAUUGCGUACUUCUGUCAUUUCCCAUGAGCCUUUAGUUGGUAUUUCUCCAGCUAACUUAUGUGAACAACAUAUAGAGGAGGAACACAAUUCAUAUGAUGAAAGUAUACAGGAAGAACCAAUUUCUCGUCUAGAGGAGAUUGACUUUAGAAGUGACACCUCUGGUUCAACUGAAGAUGAUGAAACCAACAAUGUUACAGGUCUGGAUUCUCCUGGAACUAAAGUUUGGGAUAGUAAAAGCAAAAGAAGGGAUAGUGGAUCCCAUAUCCGCCAUCCUCUGGAAAGUUCUGAAGGUCACUUGAUGAAAAGGGUUGGUAAAGGUCAUAUUCACUUUCAUAAGCCAAUUAAAACCAUUUCAUCAAAGAGAAAAUCUAGGUUGAGUAGCCACAAACUUGAGACAUGGCAAGAAGGAGAACGAACCUCUUUCUUGUUAGGAGAUGGACUGGAUAUACUUAAUGCAUCUAAAGAGGAGGUGAGGACUGGGGAAUUGAGUGAUGACUUGGAAGAUGAUAGUUGGAAUAACACCUCCAGUGGAGCUGCUGCUUCUACAUCAGCUAGUUCUGCUUCUACUUCUGUAAGAUCUUAUAACGUGUCGACAAAGUGUUCUGAAAAUUCUGAACUGGCCAAUCCAUUCUUCAAAUUGAGAUGUGAGGUUUUGGGGGCCAAUAUUGUCAAAAGUGGUUCAAAAACAUUUGCUGUCUAUUCAAUAUCAGUGACAGAUGCUGAUAACAAUGCUUGGACAAUUAAACGAAGGUUUCGUCAUUUUGAGGAGCUACACCGCCGGCUGAAGGAAUUCUCAGAAUACAACCUGAGUUUGCCACCCAAGCAUUUCCUUUUAUCGGGUUUAGACAUGCCUGUUGUUCAAGAAAGGUGUAAAUUACUAGACAGAUAUCUUAAGAACAUACUUCAUCUUCCAAACGUAUCAAGAUCAAUUGAAGUUUGGGAUUUUUUGAGUGUUGACUCUCAGACCUAUUUGUUCUCGAAUUCUUUGUCAAUUAUGGAAACAUUCUCUGUCGACUUGGAUGAAAAGCCAUAUGAUAAUUUAAGAAAGGAUAAAGAUAAUGCGGAUGAUAAGCUAAACCAAGUUCCUGUAAGAGGAGACUGUCCAGAUACUCAAACAAUGGAUCUUACUGUACAAAUGGAGUGCAGUCGCUUCUCAGAUGAUUCAAAGUCAAAAGCAAGGGAUGUCGGACAAAGGUCAGAAAGGAACUAUAGGAGACAAGCUGCCAAUGAAUUCAAAUAUAACUUGGACAGUGAUUCCGAUAGUGGGAUACAGAACCUUGCUUCUAGAAAAUCUGAUAAAGCUUCAACAAAUAUCAGUGAGAACAACGAGGUUCCACCCGAAAGUGCUUCAGACCUGAUUAUUCCUACUGAGUGGGUUCCUCCUAAUUUAAGCGUCCCCAUAUUGGACUUGGUAGAUGUUGUAUUCCAACUGCAAGAUGGCGGCUGGAUAAGGCGUCAGGCAUUUUGGGUAGCCAAACAGGUGCUGCAAUUAGGAAUGGGUGAUGCUUUUGAUGACUGGUUGAUUGAGAAAAUCCAACUUUUGAGGAAGGGUUCUGUGAUUGCAUCAGGAAUCAAGCGCAUUGAACAGAUCCUGUGGCCGGAUGGUAUCUUCAUUACGAAACACCCCAAACGCCAACGUCCUUCUCCACCUGGAAACUCAUCUCAAAGUUUGAAUGCCAGUGGACAAAAUGCUUUAUCUGCAAGUGAGAAACUGGUGAAAAUGAAAAGAGUAAAUCCCACAUUGACUGAAGAGCAAUUAAUUGAAGCUGCCCGUAGAGCUAAGUUUGUGCGUGAAUUAAUGAUUGACAAUGCGCCAGCUGCCCUUGUUAGUCUUGUUGGUCACAAGGAGUAUGAACGAUGUGCAAAAGAUGUUUAUUUUUUCAUUCAGUCUGCUGUUUGUAUGAAGCAAUUGGCGUACAACCUUCUUGAGUUGCUUAUCCAGGCUGCAUUCCCCGAGCUCCAUGAUGAUAUUAGCUUAUGCCACUCACAGAAAGAACGAUUUGGUGAUGUUGAAGAGGAUUAGAAUGGUUUUUGAUUUUGACUGGCUUUGGCAUGUUUCAUUUCUGGUGGCGGUUUGGUUGCUCAAAGGUUUGGGGUGACUUGUGUCCAAGAACAAAAGGGGCUGCUUGCUGCUUUGCAUGUGGUGGUCAAAUAUUGCCUCUUGUUCACUUCUUGGUUCUCGGUUCAGAGUGGAUUGAGUUUCUUUCAAACUGGUUGUUGAGGCUCUCAUACAAAAUUACUGUACAUAGAAAUCACGUUCUGAGAUUUUUAUGUUUAUAAUGUUUUCUCUUAAAUGCUUUUUUACACAACAUAGUUCUCCUCCCUAAUUUUGAAUACGGUUAUUCACAUUAGGAAUGCCGUCCAAAACAAGUUGUACGCCUAUUAGGCUGAUUCUUCCCAAGCAAGGGAGAAAAGUAAUGAUUUUCUGUGUUAAAGCUUUUUCCAGGUGUUAAGGCUUCACCUGAUAUCUUUGUGCACAUUGUACGAUCUUUAUGUAAAUUUUACUGUUAAUUUAAUUGUUUUCUUUAACAAUCUUUUUGAACUUUCUAAGAUUCAGAUCUAUCUUUAGAUCAUGUACGCUUAUUUUUGUUUACAAUAUUCAGAAUAAAGUUAACGAUUUAUGAGAGGGAGAUAGAGAGCGAGAGAGAGAGAGAGAGCUCUUCUAUAAUGGGGCACAGACUGGAUGGAACUUAGCGGCUGAAGUAUGCUGCAUGGGCAUCAUUUUAGUCUUUUUUUACUGCUUCUAGUGAAUAGCAUCACUUCCUGCUGUUACUAAGGAGAA